AUGUUUUGGAGGGUUGCGAGGUUUUCAGAGGCAUGGGAAGAACUUUGGAGAAACGAAGAGCGGGAUUUUUCCCCUGUCCUGGAAAUUCUCAUGUCCCCUGUGUUUGAUGCUGCUGCUGCUCAAGUUUACAAAGAUGUUCCUCGGUAUUAUGGAGAAAAUAAAAUGGAAAAGGCUAUGGCUAUGGCUUGUCGCGUGCUGUGCUUGUGUGUUGAUGAGUUGACGAAAUUACUUGUUCCCGAGAUUGGUCGGGUUGCUGAUGCACUGGUUCAAUUUUUGAAAUGGGGUCAAGAUCCACCUGUUGAUGAUGCACUGAUUCCAUUUUGGCGACUAUAUCCGGAUCCACUUCUUGCUGAUGCACUGGUUCUACCUCGGAAAUGUUAUUCUGCCAAAGCAAUUAGAAUGGCUGCUGCUUCAGCCAUGCCAAAGAUACUGAAUUCAGCUAGAGAAGUUGUAGAAAGCAGCGACCCACAGGACUAUGAUCACGCUAUGCAAUACGUCGAGGAGUUAUCUGAUAGGGUCAUACGUGCUUUAAACGAAGCUUCAGAUGAGGAACCUGAUGAGGAUGUUCGUUAUGACAUAUUGGAUGCUUUGAAUGACUGCAUACAGUAG